AUGGCGCCCUGGAGAUUUGUACAGUGUCGCCAAUUCAGUUCAAGCGAUCUUGAGCAAAAGGCUCAAGAAGUAUUCAAACUGAUAAAAAUCGACCCGCAAACACUCCGGAACAACCGGGACGUCGUUAUAUACACCCGUAACCGAGUCUGCCCAGAUUGCGGCAAAACAAUAACAGCCCAAAAACCAGAGUUUGCAGAAUACGCGUGCCCAGCGGCUUGGAGAUACCAUCACGGCUUCUCACAAAAGUGCCCAUGUCCACUAAUUGGAUUCACAAGAUUCGUAAGGUUCGAUGCGCUGCGGCUGGCAUUGCGAGCUAGCUUGGAUGCAGCUGCCAAAGAUAUCGAAUCUGUGAAAACAGAAUAA